AUGGGUCCAGUGCCAACUAUCGCUGCAGACUACAGAAACAGAAAGUGUAUGCGCACUAUGCUGACAAAUAGUGCUUGGGCUUUCUGGAUUUUCUUCAUAUCGGCCCUGUACCACGCUGCCAUCAACACACUUACACUCGGUAGUAGCAAUCUCCAACACGAGCUAAGCUUCUUCUUGUCGAGCUGGGCGUUAUGUUGUUUGGAAUCAGUAGUGGCUUCCGUGUGUGGAAAGAAGUUACGUUGUAAUGCCGAGGCGUGUUCGCCAUAUGCCAAGAUGAUGGGUUACAUAUGGGUCUUUAGCUAUCUACUCUGGUUGGCGCCCAAGUGGCAAUACUCCUUGAUAUGUGUCGCAACAGGCAAGUAG